GAAUUUUCAUCUGGCAAAACUGAAUGUUUCAGUGGACACUGUUUAAGAUCAAUGAGAAAAAACCUGCCGACUUGUUCAGACUCUAGCUUUGAAAAAAGCAUGGAAAUACUAAGUGAAAAUGUCAGUCGAAGACGCUUUACGAGGCAGUUGGCAAAGCUGAAAUCAGACCAAAAAAAAGAAGAAUAUAAAGAAGUCACCAGAACAUUGAAGACCAGCACUGAUACGAAGGCUGCGGAACAAGUCCAUGAAGAAAAUGGGAAUUUGGAGGUCCGACAAAGCUGCAGACUUCAACAAAGUCAUUACACCACUGCAAAUGAAUCCGUUUUGUUUGACAAACUUAUAACAAAUACUGCAGAAGCAGUCUUGCAAAAAAUGGAUGACAUGGAGAAGAUGCGUAGACGGCGAAUGAUGGAAGACCUUGGGGUGUUCCACGAUGCAGAAGAAAACCUCAAUAUGUACUCCCAAGGAAAGAAAGAAAUACAGAGAGCUGAUGAAGAAAUAGCUGAUAAUCAAGUUUCAUCAGAAGAAAGUGAAGAGAAAGAAGAUGAUGGUGAAGACACUCGAAAGCGUUACGACUUUCGACAAAGGAAAACUGUUGAGCGCUAUCAGGCUCCACUGGCAAAACCAAGACAACGUAAGAUAGAUUUUUCAGGCCGGUCUUCACCUGUCAGACAGAGAUACUCAUUUAGAAGUGCUGAGUCAGACAGCUCUUCCCACAACAGUGAUUCCACAUCCUCUUCCUCAUCUGAUGAUGAAGAGCCUUUUGAGAGGCAUAGGAAGCACAGCCAUAACAGAGAUUUAAGCAGGUGUCUUCCGCUAAACUUUCGGAAAAAUGAGUUGAAGGGAAUUCACAAGGAUCGGAUGAAAAUUGGAGCAAGUCUGGCUGAUGUUGAUCCAAUGCAAAUAGAUCGUUCAGUACGAUUUGAUGGUGUGGGUGGUCUUUCUGACCACAUUUCAGCUUUAAAGGAGAUGGUUGUUUUUCCAUUGCUUUACCCAGAAGUCUUUGAGAGAUUCAAAAUUCAACCUCCAAGAGGCUGUCUAUUCUAUGGUCCACCAGGGACUGGAAAGACACUGGUUGCUCGUGCACUUGCUAAUGAAUGUAGCCAAGGUGACAGGAGAAUAGCCUUUUUUAUGAGAAAAGGUGCUGACUGCCUGAGUAAAUGGGUGGGGGAGUCUGAACGACAGCUUCGCUUAUUAUUUGAUCAGGCCUACCAGAUGCGACCUUCAAUUAUUUUCUUUGAUGAAAUAGAUGGUCUUGCUCCUGUGCGGUCCAGUAAACAAGAUCAAAUCCAUAGCUCUAUUGUGUCAACACUUCUGGCACUGAUGGAUGGCUUAGACAGCAGAGGUGAGAUCGUGGUGAUCGGGGCCACCAACAGGCUGGAUUCCAUAGAUCCUGCUUUACGAAGACCCGGGCGCUUUGAUCGAGAGUUCCUCUUCAGCUUGCCAAAUAGAGAGGCUAGGAAAGAGAUUUUCAAGAUUCACACACGAGACUGGACCCCUAAGCCACUGGACACGUUUCUUGAAGAGCUAGCUGAAAAAUGUGUUGGCUACUGUGGUGCUGAUAUUAAAUCCCUAUGUGCUGAAGCUGCCCUCAGUGCUUUGCGCCGCCGCUAUCCUCAGAUAUACGGAAGCAGUGAGAAGCUGCAGUUAGAUAUCGCUUCUAUUAAAAUAACAGCCGAGGAUUUUGUCCUGGCUAUGCAGAAGACUGUUCCAGCUUCGCAGAGGGCGGUGGCUUCACCUGGGCGAGCGCUAUCCCCUGUUUUAAAACCACUGCUUGAAAACACACUAGCAAGAAUCUUACAAGCUUUGCAGAGAGUGUUUCCCCAUGCAGAGCUUGCACUAAAGAAGGACCAACAGCAAGACAGUUUAAAUCAUAUUUUAAGACAUGGUGUGAUUGACAGUGAUGAGAAAGCACCAUCAAUCUUUGAAGAUAAGCCAACUGGUAAAAUGCCUGGUAGAAAAAAUGAAAACUUUCUCAAUUUUACCAGAAAUGCUUAUUACCAGCCAACAUCCUGCAGGCCACGGUUCCUACUAGUUGGAGAGCCAGGAUAUGGACAAGCUUCUCAUUUAGCACCUGCAGUAAUACAUGCCCUGGAAAAGUUUCCAGUUUAUCUAAUAGACCUCUCCAUUUUGUUUGUUAGUGUCACAUCACCAGAAGAAACAUGUGCACAGUUAAUGCGAGAAGCUCAAAGAACAGCACCAAGUAUAAUUUAUAUCCCACAUAUCCAUUUGUGGUGGGAGGCUGUUGGAGCUACAUUGAAAGCUACUUUUACUACACUACUGCAGAAUAUUCCAGCAUUUGCUCCAGUUUUGCUGCUUGCAACAUCUGAUGUGUGUCAUGCAGAUCUCCCAAAAGAGAUAAAAGAAUUGUUUAUUAAUGAUUAUGAAGUUUUCAAAAUCCAGUUGCCUAGUAAGGAAGAAAGAAAAAUGUUUUUUGAGGACUUAGUUGUAAAUCAAGCUGCUAAAUGUCCCGUGUCAAAAAACAGCGCAGCUUGGCGGCCGUUGGAAGUACUGCCUGUGGCACCGCCGCCUGAGCCUCGGCAGCUGACAGAGGAAGAAAUAAGGCGGCUAGAGAAGCAGGAGGAGGAUACGUUGCGUGAACUUAGGAUUUUCUUAAGGGAUGUGACUCACAGACUUGCUGUUGACAGACGUUUCAGAGCAUUUACAAAGCCUGUUGACCCAGAGGAGGUACCUGAUUAUGGCACAGUUAUUAAACAGCCCAUGGACCUUUCUGCAGUUCUCUCAAAGAUUGACUUGCACCAGUACCUAACUGCAGGAGAUUUUCUAAAAGACAUUGAUUUAAUCUGUAGCAAUGCUUUAGAGUACAACCCAGAUAAAGAUCCUGGAGAUCGUCUCAUUAGGCACAGAGCUUGUGCUCUGAGGGAUACUGCGUAUGCCAUAGUCAGGGAAGAAAUGGAUGAAAAUUUUGAACAAUGCUGCGAAGAAAUCCAAGCAUCUCGCAAGGAGAGAGGUUGUAGCCCUUCAAAAUACGCUCCAUCGUACUACCACGUAAUGCCAAAGCAGAGCUCCGCUCCUGGGAGUAAGAAAACAGAUGUAAAGUGUAAUGAAAAAACGAAGAUGCCAGCAGCGCCUCUAGAUUCCAGUACACCCCGCCAUAAAG